AUGGGCGCCUGGUGUGUUCAAUUAUUCCCUGGAGCCCUUGGCCAGGCAGAUGCUGAAAAUUCCUGUAGAACUCAAGGAGCCACACUGUCAUCAAUUGAGAAUGCAGAAGAAAGGAGUAUUGUUGCAAACAUUGGGCUUAAUCAAAUGCUACCAACUGGAUGGAAGUUUGGAACAAUUCGAACUGGAUUGAGGAGAGAUGCAAUUGGAACGCCUUGGUACACAACUGACCAAUUUACAACUGGAAUGGAAGGAAUCGUCUGGAGCCCUCGAGAACCAAACAAUGGAGCUUAUCAAGGCGUCCCUAACAAUUGUGGUCAACUUUGGUUGUGGGUGCCAGGUGGCAAGACAGAAGGAGGUCGUGUUCAUGGAACGUUCUUCGCAAUGCAAUGCUUGAAAAGUACACCAGAUAGAUGGAGAGGCUUCCUUUGUGGAAAGAAGGCUACUUGA